AUGUCGUCUGCUGUAGCAGAGUUAGAUGGCUAUCUGCAGUCCAUGCUAGCGCUUAAGGCCCCAGGAGCAUCAGGUUCCAAGGUCCAAAGUAUCAACGCUCUAUGUGCGGCCAAUGUACAGUCCGAAUCUGUCCUCGUUCAAAAAAUAUAUACCCACUUCAAAAGAGCCCCCGCAACACACAAGCUGGGUGUACUCUAUGUCGUAGACUCUGUAACUCGACACUGGCUAGAAUCAGCCCGGAAAGCCGGUCAAAGUGUUGGUAGCGGUGCACCAGAUGGAACAUUUGCGGCUGGUGUUAACAGAAUGACUGAAUUGCUUCCCGUCCUGAUGACUGAUAUCAUAAACAAUGCUCCUGAGGAUCACAAGGACAAAAUCAAGAAAUUGGUGGACAUUUGGGAACGUGGAUACACCUUCCCGGCGGAUAUGAUCUCUUCCUUCAAGGAAAAGCUAACUGCACCAGUAUCUCAAAACCUGCAAUCAACUACCCCCGAAGGAUCACCGGCCCCCAAUUUUAUCCCCAUAGGCGGAUCGCAGCAAGCCGCCCCCUCAUCAUCUGCCACAGUGCCAGAUACCUCUAGCAUUUUGAAGGCCUUGGCGGAUAUGGCAAAAAGCAAUACAGCUGCUCCAGCAUCAACCUCAGGUGUACCAGCGCAAACUAGUUCCCAUAGUAUAUAUAAUACGCAGACUUCAGUUCCACAACCCGUGCCCGCGUCCGUAGACCAGGCUGCGCAACAACCUAACGGGCAGGCUGUAAACCCCUAUGCUGUGGGCAACAUUGCAAAUCAAUUCGCGAGCUUGAGUAACAUGGCUCAGAAUCCAAAUAUGUUUCCAAAUCAAACACAAACUCCAGCUAAUGCUGGGAAUCCCCUGGCAGCGGCAGCGGCAGCGGCUGCAGCAGCACAAAACCCGCUUGCCGCGCUGAUGCCUCAAGCUGGGGCUCUGCCUCCAGAUACACUGCAGCAAUUAAGUCUGCUUCAACUAAUGGCUGCACAGGGUAUUCCUCAAGAGCAGUGGGCAACUGCUUUGCAAAUUCUAAGUCUCUCCAACUCCGCAAAUACUGGCAUGGCCAACGUGAACCCUGCCGCAGCCCUAGCAGCCUUUUCCCAGCAGCCCGCCGCUAGUCAGAAUAACGCCUGGGGCUCCCAACCCCAGGACUCAUCAUCACGUGAUCGUGACCGAGACCACCGGGGUAGAGACCAUAGUGAUCGAGACGACUAUGUACGGUCCCCGCAAGGAGGAUAUCGACGCCGCUCCAGAUCGCCUGGAUGGGAUAGACGUCGUGACGUUUCCCCCCCACGGCGUCGCGACAGCCCCGUGUACGGGGAAUAUCAUGGAGAUUCUCCGGGGAGGAAUCGGGACCCCCGCGACGCCCGUGGACGACGGGCGCCUGGUGAGUAUCGUCAGCGCAGCCCGCCUGGGAGACGCCGGAGAAGCCCGACUCCUCCUCGUAAGGAGACUGCUCUUCCUCCUCCCGGACCAAAGUUUCUGGAAUGGGACUAUUCGAUUGGCCAGGGGAACAUUAGAGUUCUCAGCAGAACCCUUUUUGUCGGUGGCGUAACGUCGUCUGAAUCCCACCUAAGAUCUCUUUUUGGUCGCUACGGCAUCGUCCAAACAUGUAUAGUGAACAUUGACAAGCGUCACGCUUUCGUGAAGAUGAUCAACAGACGCGACGCCGUUACAGCCCGCGAGGGGAUGGAGCAGUACAAGUCUGGCGACAUGCAAUUACGAACACGAUGGGGUGUCGGAUUCGGCCCGCGAGACUGCAGUGACUACCAAACCGGCAUCAGCGUCAUCCCCAUCGAACGCCUCACAGACGCAGACCGCAAAUGGAUGCUGAGCGCAGAGUACGGCGGGACGGGCGGAAAGCCCAUUGAGAGUUUUAUGGUUGUGGAAGAGCCCGAUAUUGAGAUCGGGGCUGGCGUGUCUUCGAAGGCUAUAAGCCGACGCAUGGCCACCGACCAAGGCGGGAAACGCGGUCCCCAAUCGACACGUACUAACGUGGAACCAGAACGCUUCCGCCGUCCCAACCGCGGCCCAAUGGAUGACGGCCACGGCCAUGGUCCCGCUCACGGUGGGUACGGCGGUCACGGCGGUCACGGACACAACCAGGGCCACGGCCAUGGAGGGCAAGGCAGCAAUGGCAGCGGCGAUCGUAACGGUGAUCGCAGCGAGUGCGACGGCUCCUCAAGCGCCAAUAACGCAAACGCAAUCGGCGUCCCUCCCCCCGUGCCUGGUUUUGGCUUUUCGUUUCCCGGUAUGCCAAUGUUCCCACCUGGGUUUAUGCUUCCAGGUGCUACUGGCGCGGGUGCACAGGGGCAACAGGGACAGAGACAGGGACAGGCUGCUGAGUCGUCGUCGACCCCUGGACAGAGUUAG